CCCACAAAGAUCUAAACCAUAUAUCUCAACAAUCUCAUUCUCAAAUUAAAAUUAAUUUAAGCAAGCCAAACACUAUAUCAAGGGGAAAAUGGCAGAGGCUAAUGUAGUGCUGUUGGAUUUCUGGCCAAGCUCUUAUGGAAUGAGAGUGAAAAUCGCUUUGGCAGAGAAGGGAAUCUCAUAUGAGUGCAAGCAAGAAGACUUGGAAGCUAGAAGCUCUCUGCUUUUAGAGAUGAACCCGGUUCACAAAAUGAUACCAGUUUUGAUUCAUAAUGGAAAACCCAUCUGCGAAUCACUCAACAUUGUUCAGUACAUUGAUGAGACAUGGAACCACAAACCUUCUUCUCUCCUUCCAUCUGAUCCUUACAAACGAUCCCAAGCCAGGUUUUGGGGCGAUUACAUUGACAAAAAUGUAUACAAUGCUGUGAAGAGGGUAUGGACAGGGAAGGGUAAAGAACAAGAAGAGUUCAAGAAACAAUUUAUACAAUGCUUGAAGACCUUGGAAUAUGAACUUGGAGACAAGCCAUAUUUUGGUGGUGAGGACUUUGGGUAUGUGGAUGUGGCUCUUGUUCCCUUCACUAGCUGGUUUUACACGGUUGAGACUUGUGGGAAACUAAGCAUUGAGAAAGAGUGUCCCAAACUCAUGGCUUGGGCCAAGAGGUGCAUGGAAAAAGAGAGUGUGGCCACGUCACUCCCUCACCCUCACCAGAUCUAUGCCUUUGCAAUGCAAUAUAAACAGAGACAUGGACUUGAGUAGAUAUAGAUGUUGCUGCUGAAUGCAUGAGAACUCGUGUGGGGAAACAAAUUCUGUCUUUAGGGAAUAAUAAUGCAUGAAAUUAAAGUAAUAAGUAAUAAUAUAAGUGUUUGUGUGUAUAUUUUUUUUUUCCAAGAUGUAACAUCGUGAAUAAACAUGCUUCGAAAUCAAAUAAUAAAUCUUUCUUGUUCUUUGUUGA